CGCCGGCCGAGCCCACCGCGCUGAGGACGCGUUCCCGAGCGGUAUGAGCGGCCGGAGCCCGCUGCUGGUAGCAUGAGUGCUGGCCCCCAGGUGCAGCUGGCUGUCCUCUGGCCUUGGCUGCUCAUGGCGACCCUGCAGGCAGGACUGGGCCACACCGGGCUGGCGCUGGCAGCGGCCGUGGAGUCGGAGCGGGCGGCGGCGCAGAAAGCCAUCAUCAGGGUCAUCCCGCUCAAAGUGGAGCCCAUCGUCCUGGAAGGGGAGUUCGCCAACGUCGCCGAGGUGACUCCGGCCGAGGGGAAAUUGCUCCAGUCUCACCCACUAUCCCUGUGCAACACCAGCGAGGAUGAACACACAGAAUCAGGAUUCAUCACCAUUGUCAAGCUGGAGCAGCCGGAUCGGGAUCCCAAUCCCUGCCUGUCUUUGGCCAACAAGGCAAAGCUGGCAGGGGAGCGUGGAGCCCGUGCGAUCCUUUUUGACAUCACCGAUGAUGAAAGUGCUGCUGAUCAGCUGAGGAAGCCCAGAGGCCUGAGCCAGCCCGUGGUCCUGAUCAGAGGCCAUGAUGCUGAGCUCCUCAUGGGUGUCGUGAACAAGAACAGAGAGGCCCAUGUGAAGAUAGAGGUCAAGGAGCCACCAGCUUGGCCAGACUACGACGUGUGGAUUCUUCUUACAGUGGUCAGCACCGUGGUCGUCAUCAUUUUAAUUUUUGUUGUCCGCACAAAGUGCCAGCUGAACAGGACUCAGGACUCGGUGCAGCAGCAGACCCUGCAGGCCAUCAGGCAACUGGCUACACGCCGCUACCAGCCCCGGGCACGGCCAGCCCCACGCUGGGACUCCGCCAGCAGCUGCAGCUCCGCCCCGGUCUGUGCCAUCUGCCUCGAGGAGUUCAGCGAGGGCCAGGAACUGCGGAUCAUCUCGUGCUCCCACGAGUUCCAUCGGGAGUGUGUUGACCCUUGGCUGCACCAACACCACACGUGUCCACUCUGCAUGUUCAAUAUUCUUGCCAGAGACUCAGGGGACCAGGCCAUGGCUGCCAGCUCCAGGCUGGUCCCUCAGGACAUGGAGCCUGGGCGGCGACUCCACCUUUUCCGCCAGCAUCCAGGACAUGCCCUUUACCACCUCCCACACUCGUAUCCUCAGAGGAACCUCAGGAGCUUUCCCCCAGAGCCAGCCCACGGCAACCCCUUCUUCCACUCUCCAGAGCUCUCCCAGCUGGAUUUUGGCACCAUCCACUACAUGCCCUACAGACCAGCCACCUCCCUGCUGGCCUGCAGCCACAUGGCCCCACUGGCCCCGGGCUUGCUGGGGCAGCAGCACCCCAACCCCCCUGCAUGCGGACAGGCACUGGCACCCCACAGGACGUGUUCCCUUCAGCCUCAGCCCCCCUGUCUGGCGCCCAAGGUAGCCCUGGCACAGAAGCAGAACCGUGUGCCCGCCCUGCGCCGGGGACUUGGCCACGGGCACCAGCACAACAGCAGUGGCUCUGGGGAGAGCUAUCUCACGGAGCACAGCGGGUACCUGGCUGAUGGGCCAGGCAGCGACUCCAGCUCGGGGCCCUGCCAUGGCUCCUCCAGUGACUCCAUGUUGAACUGCACGGACGUCAGCCUGCAGGGUAUCCACGGCAGCUGCUCCACCUUUCGCAGCUCCCUCAGCAGUGAUUACGAUCCCUUCGUGUACUGCAGCUCCGAGGGCCCCGCCACGGACCAUGGCCAGGAGCAGCUGCGGCCACCCAGGGAGAGGCGGCCCCGGUCUUUGGACUUGAUGGUGCCAGGGGCGACUGCUCCAGCCAAGCCCCAGGUACUCAGCCACGUCCACUACCACCACCACCAGCACCACCACUACAGGCGGGAUUCAGAGUGUCCUCCUGGGCGGGUCAGCCAGGGGCCGGGGCCACGCAAAUCCCGCUACUCUGGAGCCAAGGUUGCCUUCCACAGUGCUCGGACACAAAAGAGGACUGAGAAAAGCCAUCACUCUCAGCAGUCUCUGGAAAGCAGUGGAGUGUUGCAGGAGGCAGCUCCAGCAGGACAGCCAGCCUGUCCCCAGGAAGGCCAGGAGCCCCCUCAUGCCCCCUCCACUUCUCCAGACAGGUUGGACUUCAGUGUAGAUGCCAACAGACAAUUGGGAGCAGCUGGCACGCCCCCUGUCCCGCUGCCCUCCAGACACAGCUUACAGAGCAGGCAUCACCGAAGGAAAAGAAAGUGUCCCCUGGAGCCUGACCCUGCUCUCCUGGCCAAGGACUCAGCCGAGCCCAGAGCCUGCAACACUCACCUUCCUCCUGGUCAUCCUGCUGGCUACCGCUGCUCUCCCGAAGCCCAGCCCCUGAUCCCAAGCGCUCCCCUGCCCAGCGGCUCCCAGCUGCUCUGGAAGUGUUUAGUGCCACAGUCCAGCUCCGAGCUGAGGAAGCAGGAGGAGGGGCUGUUAGGACGGGAGAGAAACUGUUCAGUUCCUGCAGAUUUCUUGGGGACAGGCACCCCCAGACACAGUCUGAGUGUCCGCCUUCACUGCCCGUCUCAGCAGGGUGGUCAGGGAUCUGAAGAGGAGGUCCAGGAUGUCCAUGAACACUCAGUUUAAUAAAACACUGACCUGUUUGCUCACUGGGAGCUGGAGUGGACACAGAUGUUGAUGGAGCUGCUCCCACCUGGCCCUGCCCAGCCCUGCCCUGCUGAGACAUGGACUGCCAAGAGUAACAGGCCACUUGUGGUCUCCUGAUGCAUCCUCAAGCUUUGAUGUCACACCAGCAGAGCCCUGCUCCUCUGAAGGCACAGGCAGCCCCUCAUCAUGCUGUGGCAUCGCUCCAAGCCAGGCAAGGCUCCCAGGGAGAGCUCACCGAGUGAGUGCAAGCUGCUAUUUUGGCAUGUUCAUGCCACAGAAGGUUUUGCUAAACACUGCAAAAAUAAACAAGCCUUCGAGACCAAAAGCUGCAGAAAUUACUUUCUGUGGCCUGGUAGCUCCUGACUUCAUUUCCUCACUUAGGUCAAAAGCCAGAUUGUUCAAUUAACUUUUCCAUGCUUAUUUCAGACACAGGUACAAGCUAUUCUCCAUCUCACUGCUCACAGGGCUGCCCUGCAAGGUGCUGCUUCUGACUUCAGUGGAAACCAAGAGCUCUCGCCACUUUUGAUCACCUCAGUGUCCCCCAGCUGACGCCAUCUCGGCCACUGGCUGUGUUUGCCAGCAGCAGGAGAGGGGAAGACACAGGGACAUCAGCAUUUCUGGGAAGGAGCUGGGUCAGACUCUUUCCAUUGCAAAGAAUCUACCCUCUCAUCUGAGAGGGUGAACAAGUCUCUCGCUCACCCUCUAACUCCUCUACCUACCCUCAAAUAGCUGUCAUGGCCAGCCCUGUUAAGACCAUAUUUCAAAUAUAUCCCAGAUGUCCCCAUCACAGGAGUCAACGAAAAUCCUGGAGUUCAUGUGGCUCCUGCUUCUCUCCUUCCUCUCAUUGCCCCAAGACACAGCAAAAAUUCACAGCAAAAGCCUCCUUAAUAAAUGCAGAGCAGAGCCCUAUCCAUCAUCCAGCCUUAACUUCAGCCUUAACUGAGACCCCUGAAAUCCUUCAAAAGGAUUUUUCUGUCUUUUUCAGCAUUUUGAUGAUUCAGGGAGAAAUCAUCAGGCUCUGGUUUAUUACGUUCCCCUUCCCCCCAUUUAUGAAUGUUUUGGGUGUUUCUGAAUGUUACUAGUUCUUAUUUCCUACAUCUCGUAAUUUGCAGACAUUCAAGCAAAAUACAACCUGCCAAAUUCAGAACAUGUAGAACCCAUGCAGCUUUCAAACAGCAGAGAAUUCCUUUCAAGUUCAUUGCCCUAAAUGAUCAGUCAGGCCAAAGAAUCGGCCAGAUUCACAUGUGAAGUGCACAUUUCUGUGGCAACAAAUGCUUCCAAGCACAAGGAAGCAUUGGUGAGGAUACAAAACCGGAGCUGAAGAUAACUGCUGACAAUUUGAAAUUUGAUGUAGGGACAGACUUUCCCAUCUCCUCAAUAAAGUUUCCUGUGUCUUCCUUUGAAGCAGCCGCUUCUCAAGAGAGCACUCCGGUAAUGCAGUCCCAGUUCAGGAUGAUCUUCUGCCUUCUUUUGUUGGUGGGAAAGCUUUUUACGGGGUUUGCUGCCCUUAAUCCUUGAAAAAGGCAUCUUUGACACAGCUGCUAAUCAGUCUCUGACAGUCAAGUGAUCAGUCAAUAGCACUGUUUUAAACCCAACAUUAUUCCCUUGUAGUGCUCAUUCCUUGUCUCCUGUGACCAGGCCCCUGUGGGACCUUUCAGUCUAGGGAAGAGCUGAAUUUCUUUCAUCAAAUGACCCAGCAGAAUUACAUUUAGACUUUUCCAGGCUCUUGCUUGUCAUAUAGCACAAGCAGAAGACACAAGCUCAGAAGUUUUUCUCCCGUGCAGGGAAGUCAGUCUUAAACUAGAGGAAAAAUCCAGGACUAGAUCUGGAUUCAACCCAUUCGGCUUCUUGUGCUCCUGGUCCGUGGCUUGUCUGAACCAGCUCCUUUACCACACUGGAGGGCUCAGAGGCUUAACAGAAGGGAGGGUCAUGAAGUUGGGAUGCUCCCACUGCUUUUUUUAGGAGUCAGGAUGGCAGAAAACCUCCACAGAUGCAUUUCACUGCUCAAAUGAACAACUGCAGCUCUAAAGUCCUCUCUUUCCUCCUAUCCCUAACAAAAGAGAUUCCUGAAUUUGUGAGCCAUAAGCUUCUUUGGGAAAGUGGUCAGCACUUGUGCACUGUCUCCACUCCUCAUUGCAGUAUUACCAGGCUGCCAGGGCAGCACCUGCUUCCAAACUGCCUCCCUUUCCUGACCUUAUGCUGCUGCUCCUGUUCACGUAGAAAAUGCUGGAGUGCAGGUCUGUCUCUGUGGGGGCUCAGGUGGAGGAGAAGGAGGAACUCUCUGGGAACUUGGGUUUGAAAGAUCCCUAUAGUAGAUGAAUGACUAACCUUGGCUGCCUGGAAGGGAAGAAGCAGUAUCUGAGAAAAUAGGGAAUGGUUCCUCACAGUUCUUUACCUCUGGCUUCUGAGUGAUGCUUUUUGGGUGCUCAGUGGCUGUGGGCUCUACCAUGGAGUUUCUCCAGCAUCCCUGCAGUGACACAGAGCUCAUUUUCCUUCUUUGCAUCCGAAGUUGCAGCCGAAAACUGAAGGAAGCCAGAGCAUCCCAACCUCCCCCUGUUCAAACUGAAGGCCCACCUCUUCCCCAGGGACCCCCUUCCCAGGAGCUCCCACCCCCUGAACUGGGCAUGUGGUCGGGCUGGCUGGAUAUCUCCCCUCCUGCACAAAUCCUUCAGAUCCUUUAGAAAUGUGAAUAUCAGUUGGUUUUGUUGUCGCUUUUUGUGUCGUUAAUUUUUUUUUCUGAGUUUGUCCUGGCUCUUGGGGCUUGGGAAUAAAUUGUGACCCAGGAAAAAAAGGAAAAAAAAAAAAAGAAAAAAAAAAAAAAGCAAGACCACACAGAAAAAAAGAAUGCGUUUUAUAUAUAUGCAAAACUGUGUAUUUAUGUCCGAUAAACACAAAGAUGUGUGACUAUGCUGAUGUGCUCAGAAAUAUAUUUAUUUACUAAUAUAUUUAUCCAUGUACCGGUCUGCUGCCUGCAUUUGUUCUUUGUGCUGGGCUGCGCUGGUGGAGGAGCGCGCGGGGAGAGACGCCCGGCCCGGCCCGGCCGUGACAGAGCUCGGG